CUUGCAAUCCGAACGCCUGCCGGGCCAUGGGCCGGGGUCUCCAGCCGAAGGGGGUCCGCGUGAAGGAGGUGGCGGACUUCAAGGUUUACACCAAGGGAGCCGGCACGGGUGAACUGAAGGUCUUGGUCAAGGGACCAAAAGGAACAGAGGAACCAGUGAAGGUGCGAGAUGUCGGCGAUGGGGUUUACGAGUGUGAAUAUUACCCCAAAGUGCCUGGAAAAUACGUGGUGUCGAUUACGUGGGGCGGACACGCCAUUCCGAGGAG